GCAAGUUAUUAGGCCAUUGUAGGAUCGCUUAGACACAUGUCGGAUACUUAUUGGAUCACAAUGCGGAUAUUCUACAUUUUUCUCGUCUUUACGGCAAGGGUUGCUGUAAAUGCCUCUCCACUUACACAAGAACAAUUAGACACACUUGCCAACACCAUGAACAUUACAGUGAAAAUGCUGAAUAAUCUACGAGAUAAUGAAAUACCACACACUUUAAGAAUAUACGUAAAGAAUGUCGGCAACGAAUAUAUCCCGGCUUCAGGAUGGCGUCUGUAUUUUCACAGCAUGUAUCUUUUGUAUCCAGAUAUUUUUCCAAAGAACAAGUCAGUUCAAUUAGAAAUCGAAAAUGUUAAUAUUGGCAUGAUUCAGGGGGAUUUAUAUUAUCUUGAACCCUGUAGAGGGUUUGUGAAGAUACUACCUAAUGAAGAACGGGAAUAUGACAUCACUGCCGCAUGGUGGUCGAUCUCUAGAACUGACUUCAUGCCUAACUGGUAUAUAGUGUCUAAGGAUUCCUCCAUCAAACCGCGGAUAGUGAGUUCAACCAAAGAUUUAGAGUUGAAAUUUGUAGAACCCUUUCAUGAUGUCCGACAGUGGAAGAGGUUCGCUGCAGAUAGGUAUAAUCCAUUUUCAGCCCAAGAAAGAUUGAAAAGAAUCUUGGUUAAAGACAAGAAAAGGGUAGAAAAGCUAGUCAUACCAACACCUUUAAAUAUCGAGAUAAAAGACAAAGGAACUAUAGACAAUGUUAACAAUUCCUGGACAAUAUUCUCGGCAAUUAUCGAAUACACACCUGUUGCCGUUUAUUUGAGAGACGUACUAAAGAUUGGCAUUGCUACUGCACAACAAACCAAGAAUGUUAUAAUCCUAAAUACCACAGACGUGUCACCAACUCCAGAAUCCUACACAUUGCGUGUAGACGCAAAGAAUAGUAUCAUUUAUCUUAAUGGCAAGGAUUUGGAUGGGGUUUUCUAUGCAGCCCAGUCACUGAGGAGUAUACUAGAUGGUUAUAAUAGAAGAGAUAUACCAGAAAUUAUGAUAUAUGAUGAGCCAAGAUUUCACUAUAGGGGCAUGCAUAUUGAUGUAGCCAGAAAUUUCCAUCCUGUAAGUGAUAUUAAGAGGCUUAUCAGGUCAAUGGCAAUGUAUAAAAUGAACAAGCUACAUCUUCAUUUAUCCGACGACGAGGGAUGGAGACUGGAAAUACCCGGUCUACCUGAGCUCACAGAGAUUGGAGGCCGAAGAUGUCAUGAUAUCACUGAAAGAACAUGCAUCAUACCUCAGUUUGGAUCCGGACCAUCAAAUUCAACCCCUGGGUCAGGCUUCUUUUCAACAACAGAGUACAAAGAGUUACUUCGAUUUGCUGAAACUCAUCAUAUACAAAUCAUUCCAGAAUUUGACAUGCCAGGCCAUGCUCAUGCUGCCAUUGCAUCGAUGGAGGAACGCUACCGAAGAUAUCACGUGGCGGGAAAUGAAAACGAGGCUUCUAAAUACAGACUCGUUGACCCUUAUGAUAAAUCAGAAUAUUUUUCAGUCCAGCAAUGGCUUGAUAAUGCUAUUAAUCCGUGCGUCGAUUCGGUUUAUACGUUCAUAGGAAAGGUGAUGGAUGAAGUAAUUGAGCUACACAAAGAAAUUCAACCACUCGAAAUUUACAAUUUUGGGGGAGAUGAGGUUGCAAACCAUGCCUGGGAAAAAUCACCAAAAUGUACAGAAUUGAUCAAUAACCAUCCACAGUAUAAAGAUACGAAAGACAUCAAGUUGUAUUUUGCUGAAAGGGUAGCCACGUUGGCUGCAGAAAGAAAUUUAAGCCUUGUUGGAUGGGAAGAUGGGUUUGCAGAUGGUCAACAUAUCCCAAUACAGUCGCACGACCUUAAAACGAGGAAUAACAUUGCAAUUCAGGCGAAUACAAUUUGGGAACUGGGAGGAGGCUCACAGGCUUAUAAACUAGCAAAUGCCGGGUAUAAGGUAAUUUUAGGACCAGCUACAGUUUUAUACUUUGACCACCCACAAGAACCAGAUCCAGAAGAACGCGGCUUGUACUGGGCUACACGAUUUACUGAUACUCUUGAAGUUUUAAAGUUCAUGCCAGACUCUUUGUAUGAUAAUAUAUUUGAAGAAAGAAGUGGAAAGCCAAUUACAAAGAUCGACAUCUGUGGUCGAAAUUUUGAGAAGUGUGAAACUCUACAAAAGAAGGAAAAUAUAAUUGGUAUACAAGGGCAGAUGUUUAGUGAGACGAUACGUACUAGCAAAAAUAUUGACUACAUGAUUUAUCCUCGACUUAUCGCGCUUGCUGAAAGAGCAUGGCAUAAAGCCGUCUUUGAAGACGAUUCCUUUUCGGAAGAAGAGAGAGAAAAUAAAUUAAGUCAAGAAUGGGAGGCUUUCGCUAACACCCUUGGAUAUAAAGAGUUGAAAAGAUUAGAUGAUAUAGGCGUGCAGUACAGGGUUCCACCACCCGGUGCAAGAGUAGACAGGAAUGGAGAAAUUGAGAUAGCGACAACAUUUCCUGGACUUUGUGUACAGUAUAGUUAUGACAAUGGAAUGACGUGGUUAAAUGUUACCGUAGAACAUAAUAUACACUGGCAGGAUAAUUCAAGUCUCUAUCUAAGGACAGUGUCAGCCAACACAGAGAGAUUUAGCAGAGUGGUUCAGGUGUUAAAGGAUGAACCACCUCAAUGGUCGGACCAGUCAUUAAUAGAUUAUAUUGCGGACAACAUUAAUGUACACGUUGAAGUUAUAGAUAAUCUGGAGAAAGAAGAUAAAUUUUUACCAGUAAAGCUGCAGCUUCGAAAUGAUGGAAGUAUAAAUGUCCCUGGAGGGACAUGGAGGAUUUAUUUCUACAGUCUUUAUGGAUCCAAGAGCGAAUCAUUAUCAUGUGGUUUAAAGGUUGGACACGAAAACGGGGUACUGUAUUAUUUCACACCUGAUUUGAUUAAUUUUCCGGGUAUAGCACCUGGAAAAAUAUUAUCUUGUUUGUAUCACAACAAAUACUUUCUGUCAGCACGUUCAGACAUGAUGCCAAACUGGUAUGUAACGUCGCUGGGAAUGAAAGCAAAAGUACUGAAAAGCACGGAAAGUCAAAGCUUGGACUAUGUUGGAAAAUUUGAUACUCCUGCUAAAUGGAAAAGAGCAAAGGAGGACUUGUAUGAUCCUUAUUCUCCCGAAACAAGAUAUGAUCUUUAUGAAACUACAGACACCAAAGAAAGGCCGCACAUAGUUGUACCAACGCCCGUAAACAUCACGAAAAAUGAAGGCUCAAGAAUAACAUUUAGCUCAACGGAGUGGAAGAUCGUUGAAUCUAGUGAUUUUCGUUUUGAAGCAGAAUACUUAGCAGUCAAGCUUAAUACAUCCAUUAUAAAAACGGGGCAAAUUAACAAACUCGUUAAAUUCGUAAAAGAAGAUUCUAGCGAAAAACAUCUAGAAGCAUACAAUUUAGACAUCAACGGAAAGACACAUACAAUUACAAUUACUGCUCAAAGCUCAGCUGGAGCUUUCUAUGGGGCUCAGUCUUUGAUCAGUCUGGUUGAAGGUGACGGUGGAACGUUGGAAGUAUUAAGCAUUAAAGACAAACCAAGAUACAGCUAUAGGGGUGUUAUGCUCGAUACCGCCCGAAAUUUUAAGCCAAAAGAAUGGAUAUUACACUUCCUGGAUAUCAUGGCAAUGUACAAACUGAAUAAACUUCAUUUCCAUCUCACAGAUAACGAAGGAUGGAGGUUAGAAAUACCAGCUAUACCAGAAUUAAUACAGAUUGGUAGCAAGAGAUGCCACAGCGAUUACAAGGGUAUCUGCACAAUUCCACAGCUUGGAUCUGGACCAGAUACAACUACGUCCGGUUCCGGAUUUUACAGCGCAGAAGACUACAGAGAAAUACUUAAAUAUGCAAAUGAUAGACAUAUUGAAGUUAUACCGGAAAUUGAGACUCCUGGACACGCGGCAUCCGCGAUAUCUGCGAUGGAAUAUAGAGAUUUUGAAAUAAUGAGAAGAGAACAACAUAAAAGCCCACAUAUACCAGAAUCAUAUCUGCUCAGUAAAUAUAUUGACAAGAAUAUAAUAUACAGCUCACAGAAAUGGUCCAUGCACGCGAUUGAUCCAUGCUUGAACACCACAUAUAGAUUUGUAGAGACUGUAAUUGAUGGGCUGAUAGACCUUCAUCAACCAGUCCAGCCUCUUUCAAUAGUUCAUCUUGGAGGUGAUGAAGUUCCUUCCGGUGUGUGGGAUACCUCCAAAGCUUGCGUAGAUACGCUUGCACCAGGGCAACAAAUUAAUACAAAUCAACUGAAGCGAAUGUUUCUGAAGCGUGUUGCGAGCAUUGUUGCUGACAAGGGUUUAAAACUUGCCUCGUGGGAUGAUGGUAUAUAUGGCGAUGACAAACCGAAUCCCAUUACAGACUAUAAAUCUGAAGUUUACGUCUAUCCGUGGGAUAAUCGUGGUAUAAAUACAAAGCGUCCGUCAGAAUUUGCAGACGCAGGGUAUAAGGUAGUUCUUCCGUUAGCCACGCAUUUAUACUUUGACCAUGCUCAAGGUCCUGACCCUGAGGAGAGGGGUCUUUAUUGGGCAACACGCUUUAUAGACACACACAAAGUAUUUGGUUUAAUGCCCGAUGAUCUGUACGCCAACAUCGACGUUGACCGUUAUGGACGAAAAAUUGAUAUGAAAAGUAUAUGUGGAAACAAACCAUGUCCAACAGUUAAUAAAACGGAUAAUAUUGUUGGUAUUGAGGCCUGCAUGUUCUCAGAAACAAUGCGAACUCGAGACCAGUUUCAUUACAUGGCUUUUCCAAGACUGCUCGCUCUUGCGGAACGUGCCUGGCAUAAAGCACCAUGGGAAGACAAUUCAGAUGUUUACAAAAGAAAUGCUGAGCGUGACAGGGAUUGGGAAGAAUUUUCGAAUAAUCUUGGAUACAAGGAACUAUCAAGACUUGAGAAAUAUGGUUGCUAUUACAGAAUACCGCCGCCUGGUGCAAAAGUUGAAGAUGAAGUUCUGAAAGUGAACACUAAAUACGCCAAUCUUCUAGUUGAAGUAAGCAGGGACAGUGGAAAAACGUGGAAUGUUUACAAGGCAACAAAAAUAAAUCUCGGAUCUAACAAAAUCCUAUUAAGAACAAAAUCAAGAACGUCUGGGGUUACGAGCAGACCUAUUCAGGUUUCUUUGACAAACGUUUCUGCUGCAGCUAAACUUUCCAGUUGUACCCCUGCAGUGUUAUUGUCUUUGUUGUACUUUAAUAUUAUGAUCCGAUAUUUGUGAACUUGAUUAAUGAUCACUUAUUGUUUUAACCAGCAAGUCCGAAACAGGUUUUUUAUUCUAGAGGUCUCGGGCAUUGAAGUAGAAACGUCUUAGUUUUGAUGUCAUUUUGAUUCGGUUUAUUUUUUUUAAAAAUUGAUACAGUCGACAUCGUACUUGCGACCACCUCUAUUAAGCGAUCUUUGUAUUAAACGACCAGCCAAAAGCCCUCCCGAACGUUUUCAGUAUAUAUAUUCAUUCCAUUAAACGACUCUUUUAUUAAACGACUAGCGACCACAUUAAUGUAGUCCCAACAGGUAAAAUAUUCGACAAAAAUAUCUAUUAAGCGACCGGGUACCAAAAUUCUACUGGGCAUUUCUUCAUCUGUGUUAUUAGCGAGUACGUUUUGCACGUGACUGAAUGCAAUUAACCUUUGUAUCAGUCAAACUAACAAACAAUCUAGCUAUAAUUUUCAUGGUGUGUGGACUUGAAAAAGUGUUCACGAUCACAGUUAAAACAGAUUUUAAAACCAUACAUGUAUGUUCAUAAUAAAUACAGUUACAUUAACAGUUUUUACAAAUAACUUUCCUUUUCAUCUGACUGAAAUUCAUUAAGAGACCUUUCCAUUAAGAGACCACUUCUUAGCAGUCCCUUGGGUGGUCUCUUAAUACAAUGUCGACUGUAUUAAAAAACGAUACGUAAGAGAUAUGUCUAUGUAUGCUUAAAUAUUUUAGAAAUUUCUUAUAGAUCCGAAGACAAAUGAAGUCCAAAUGUGUGUUUCAGCACAUACGUGUUUUCUUAAAUGUUUUCUUGGACACAGAAUACUUUCAUCAUAUUUAUGUAAAUUAUGAAUAUUGUAUAAAAUUAAUCGUUAUAGCAAAAUAUAUACUAUUUUAAUUUAGUUUAUUGUAGAAUAAACUGUCUGUAAAAAUUGAAAAUCGAAAAGAGAAUUUAACACUUACAUGACAGGCUUUGACACAAGUUUGGUUACUCAUUCGAUGAUCAAAUAAGGAGAAAAAAAUACACCUAAAGUACUAAAAAAACAACAAUCUGCUGCGAUGGCAAAAUAGGAAUCAACUAUAUUAAUAUUGAAUUAAAUCAUGUGAUGUAAAGACUGACCAAACUAAUUUCGUGAAACAAUUAAAAUAAAUUCAGAUGUUUUAUUUAAUGAUCUGAUUUACAUUUGGUCAUUUUUGAUAUAAAUCUUGAUUUAACCAUUUUUGAAAUGUAUUUUUUGUGUUUAUUGGUAAUCAAGGAAGUACAGUGAAAUUUUGUAUCAGACAUAGACUAGAUCCUAGAAUGUGAUAUAUCUUUUUUACAGUUACAGUCUAUAUCCUAUGUUUAAUAUUCAUAGUCUGAUAAAUUUAACAUCGUUUCUCUGAAAAAAAUCUCUAGAAUAGACUGGAUUUUGACUCUUCGAAAUUGAAAUAAACAAACAAGGAAAAGCUGUAGUAAUAUCUUUAUUAUCAGUGCAGUAGCUAGUCUGAUACUUUUAACCGAUUGUUCCUCUAAAAAAAUCUCUAGGAUAGACUGGCGUUUGACUCUUCAAAAUUGAAAUAAACAAACAAGGAAAAGCUGUAGAAAUAUUAUUAUUAUCAGCGUAGUAGCUAGUCUGAUACAUUUGACAUUGUUCCUCUAAGAAAGUCUCUAAAAUAGACUGGUUUUUGACUGUACGAAAUUGAAUAACA